AUGUACAACCUCAUUGAUCGAGCAGAGUGGAGGAUCCAUCAUGAUUCUGUGGCUGACCUCCUUUCAAGACUCAAAGAUGCAGUGUAUGAUGCAGAAGACAUUCUAGAUGAGUUCAGAUGGUACGAGACAAAGCUUUCAGUAGAGGGCAAUGCAAUCUCAGUGGAACCAGUCAUUGACUUCUUUCACAGUGUUACUCAAGGCAGCUUCAAUAAGGUGACUGAUAUCCAGAAGAGGCUCAAUCAUCUUUCUGGACAGCUCGAGAAAAUGGGCUUACUUCAAGCAGUUCCAUGGUUUGACAAAUCAUUUAGGCCUGAGACCACCUCUUUCCCCACUGAGGCAAAGAUUUUUGGCCGUGAUGAGGAAAAGGAUAAGCUAAUCAGGUUGCUUGGUGUACCAACAAAUAAUAGCGCGGGUCCUUCUGGACACAAGAGAAAAAGAAGUGGAGUUUGUUCAUCAGCAAGCAACCAAAUUUGUGCUACCAUUGAUACUAAUGAAGCAACAGUAACGAGUGUUCUAGUUUUGCCAAUUGUUGGAAUUGGGGGUGUUGGAAAAAACACCUUGGCUCAAGAUAUUUGCAACCAUUCAAAAGUGAAACGGCGCUUUCACCUAAUAAUUUGGAUUUGUGUGUCAGAUGAUUUUGAUGCCAAGAGAUUAACUAAAGAAGCCAUAGAACAAUCUUCUGGGGAAGUGCCAAAAAAUAAUAAUCUGAAUUUUCUUCAGGGUGCUCUUGUAAAUAGCCUGAACACUAGAAGAUUCCUAAUUGUCCUUGAUGACAUGUGGGAUGAAAAUGAGAUGGAUUGGAAGCGCUUCUGCGCACCUUUUAGAAAUGUACUUAAGCAAAGCAUGAUGCUUGUCACCACUAGGUCUCCGAAGGUUGCUGAUAUAGUGCGUACAAUGGAUCCCUUUCCUUUAGAGGGUUUGAAUGAAGAUGUCUUUUGGGAAUUCUUUAAACUCUGUGUGUUUGGAUCUGAUACCUCCAACAAUUAUCUUGAGUUGGAACCGAUUGGUGAAAAAAUACUCCCAAAGUUGAAAGGAUCUCCUUUGGCUGCAAAAACCCUUGGACGGCUGUUAGGGAUGAGCCUUGACCUAGCACAUUGGGAUAGGAUUCUCAAGAGUCAGCUGUGGGAGCUUAGACAAGAGGAGACUGACAUUUUGCCGGCUCUUUGGUUGAGCUACAUGUAUUUACCAUUCUAUUUAAAGAGGUGCUUCUCGUUUUGUGCUGUGUACCCAAAAGAUUACAAUUUCAGAAAGAAAGAUUUAGCUGAAAUUUGGGUGGCAGAAGGCUUAGUAGAACAUCAAUACUGGUGA